AUGGAGGAGGUGAUGGAGGAGGUGAUGGAGGAGGUGCUGGAGGAGGUGAUGGAGGAGGUGAUGGAGGAGGUGAUGGAGGAAGUGCUGGAGGAGGUGAUGGAGGAGGUGAUGGAGGAGGUGAUGGAGGAGGUGAUGGAGGAGGUGAUGGAGGAGGUGAUGAAGGAGGUGAUGGAGGAGGUGAUGGAGGAGGUGAUGGAGGAGGUGAUGGAGGAGGUGAUGGAGGAGGUGAUGGAGGAGGUGAUGGAGGAGGUGAUGGAGGAAGUGCUGGAGGAGGUGAUGGAGGAGGUGAUGAAGGAGGUGAUGGAGGAGGUGAUGGAGGAGGUGAUGGAGGAGGUGAUGAAGGAGGUGAUGGAGGAAGUGCUGGAGGAGGUGAUGAAGGAGGUGAUGGAGGAAGUGCUCUGGAGGAGGUGA